AUGCUGCUCCGCCUCCGCCCGCCGGCCGCCGCCGCCGCGGGCCUCUCGUCGUUCCUCCCCUCCGCCCCCUUCACCCGCCCCCUCCCCUCGCCGUCCUGGCGCCCGCGCCCGCGCCGCCCCCGCCUCUCCAUCGCCGCCGCCGCCUCCACCUCCCCCACAGGAGGAGGAAGGGUGGAGUCGCUGCGGGAGCGGUACGACGUCAUCGUGGUCGGAGGGGGGCACGCCGGCUGCGAGGCCGCGCUCGCGUCCGCCCGCCUCGGCGCCCGCACCCUCCUCCUCACCCUCAACAUCGACCGGAUCGCCUGGCAGCCUUGUAAUCCCGCCGUGGGUGGCCCUGCAAAGUCUCAACUUGUCCAUGAGGUAGAUGCCCUUGGCGGUGAUAUUGGAAAGAUUGCAGAUAGGUGCUAUCUGCAAAAGCGUGUGCUCAACAGCUCAAAAGGUCCUGCUGUCCGUGCACUGCGUGCUCAGACCGAUAAGAGGGAGUAUGCAAUGGAGAUGAGGAAAGUUGUAGAAAGCACACAAAAUCUUUUCAUUAGAGAGGCAAUGGCUACAGAAGUUAUGUUAGGCAAGAAUGAUAGUGUUGAGGGUGUUCGCACUUUCUUCGGCAUGGAUUUUUACGCACCUUCUGUUGUACUUACCACCGGGACAUUUAUGAGUGGUAAGAUUUGGGUUGGUAGGACAUCAAUGCCUGCAGGGCGAGCUGGAGAGUCAGCUUCUCAGGGACUUACUGAAAACUUGCAGCAUCUGGGUUUUGAAACUGACCGUUUAAAAACUGGCACGCCACCACGAAUUGAUCGCAGAACAGUUGACUUUUCUAAAUUGGAAGCCCAGCAUGGUGAUGAAGAGGUAGGCUGGUUCAGUUUUGAUCCUGAGUUUCACGUUGAGAGGGAACAAAUGUGCUGCUAUUUAACGCGAACUACAAAAGAGACACACCAGAUUGUUACAGACAACUUGGAUGAAACACCAACAUAUGGUGGCUGGGUUGAAGCAAAGGGACCAAGGUACUGCCCAGCAAUUGAAGACAAGAUUGUAAGGUUCAAAGAUAAAGAAUCUCAUCAGGUGUUUCUUGAACCGGAGGGUAGAGAUGUCCCUGAGCUAUAUCUGCAGGGCUUUUCCACUGGUCUUCCUGAGAGAUUGCAAUUACCACUUGUGAGAACACUACCAGGACUGGAGAACUGUGUGAUGCUAAGGCCAGCUUAUGCUGUUGAAUAUGAUUACUUGCCUGCUUAUCAGUGCUCAAGAUCGCUUAUGACAAAAAGGUUUGAGGGCUUAUUCUUCUCUGGUCAGAUUAAUGGAACAACAGGAUAUGAAGAAGCUGCAGCUCAGGGUAUAGUUUCAGGAAUCAAUGCAGCUAGACAUUCUGAUGGAAAGCCACUAAUCGUUCUUGAGAGGGAAAGCAGUUACAUUGGGACUCUGAUUGAUGAUCUUGUUACAAAAGAUCUUAGGGAGCCUUAUCGCAUGUUAACAAGUCGUUCAGAGCACCGUCUACUAUUUCGAUCCGAUAAUGCUGAUAGUCGGUUGACCCCUUUCGGGAGAGAGAUUGGUUUAAUAGAUGAUAGACGCUGGGAGCUUUAUAAGUCAAAGCAAGCCCGCAUUAAAGAAGAAAAGGAACGAUUGAAGCAUACAAGAGUAUCGGGAGUUGAAUUUUCUGCCGAAGUUACUGCAGUAUCAAACCAACCUGUAAAGGAGUCAUCGACACUUGAAGCCAUACUGAAAAAGCCACAUGUACAGUAUAAACUUCUGGACAAGCACGGAUAUGGAAAUGAGCAUUUAUCUCCAAUUGAGAAAGACUGCGUGGAGAUUGAUAUCAAGUACGAAGGUUUCAUAGCACGACAGCAGAGUCAGUUACAACAGAUUAUAAACCAGGAACACAGGAAACUUCCUGAAGACUUGGAUUACCACUCGAUGCUAAAUCUAUCCCUUGAAGCUCGAGAGAAACUUUCCAAGGUAAGGCCACAAACGUUAGGCCAGGCUGGCAGGAUCGGUGGCGUGAGCCCAGCUGACAUGACGGUUCUCCUCAUCUCGAUGGAAAGCACCCGCCGUGCGGCGGAGUACAAGCGACAGCAAGAAAUGAUGAGGUCCGUCGCCGCGGCCAGGGCCAAUGCCAAAGCCAAGGCGGAUGAUUCUUCAGACGAGGUGGUUCAUGCCAGCACCGCGUAA